AUGGACUUUGGAUUCGUGAGCUCGCCUUCACAGUCUCCAAGUCAAUCCCUCUUCGCCGUGGGGCAAUACUUUGACAGCACCUCUGAAAGCUCUAGUCCCAACUCGCCCCAUAUGAGUCAAAUCAUGUUCAACAAUGCGCCCAUGCAAUAUGACAUGUUCCAGUAUGGCGCCACCCCAUCCUCCUUCUAUCCUCCCGCCCAGAGCACCAAAAUCCCCGUCGAAUACAACAACACAGCUUCUCUCGACCAGACCGAUCGGAGGAGACGACGCUCCGGUAGCACUUCGGCUCCAGCCAAGGACAAGGAAACCAUUCCCAACAUGCAUUUGAGACGGCGUGCACAGAAUCGGGCUUCUCAGAGAGCAUUUCGAGAGCGAAAAGAGAAACACGUCAAGGGUCUCGAGCAUCAACUUGAGGACCUCCACGAGAAGCAUCAAGAUCUGCUUCAAUCUUACACUCGACAAGCCGAUGAAGUGACGAAACUGAAUAACAGAAUUGCUGAACUCACUGCUGAGUUGACUGCGCUACGGUCAUGUCAGGAUCAAUCCUUCAGCGAGAUGCUGAUGCCCGACAAAUUCGACAAAUUCGACGCCUUCUCGGCACACGACAUGCUCUACAACGGGCCUGACUGCUAUUUCGACAAGAACGCAGUUGACCUCAACUCCGAGUUUGCUUUACACUCGUUUGAGGAUUCAUUGUAG